GUGAUGAUGACGUGUAGCCUACAUUUUUGCUGCAGCAGCUGGAACUUUCGGUUCGGUCUCGGUUUAAGCAAUAAGCCUUUAGGUUUGAAUGUGAAUUCAAAGGACAGCAAGGCGAUUCAACUAUAAUUUUUAAAUCACAGAUAAAAUUUUUCUAGGAUCGCCUUUGUCGGAACAACAUAAUGGAGACGCUCUAUCACCAGACAAACAAACACAUCCAUGAGGUGCAGUCCAACAUGGGUCGUCUUGAAUCGACAGAUAGAGAAUCUGUCCACUUGCUGGAGAAUGAACUGCAGGCUAGAAUUGACCAGAUCUUCAGCUUCUUGGAAAGACUGGAGAUCCUAGCCAGUAAGGAGCCACCCAACCGCCGGCAGAAUGCUAAACUACGGGUCGACCAGCUGAAGUAUGAUGUCCAGCACCUUCAGACCGGCCUGCGCAACUUCCAGCAGAGGCGUUACAUGCGCGAGGCCCAGGACCGUGAGAGGGAGGAGCUGAUGACCCGCACCUUCACUACCAACGAUGCAGACACCUCUAUCCCCAUCGACGAAACUCUGCAGUUCAACUCCAGUCUUCACAGCGCGCACAAAGACAUGGAUAACCUGCUGGGCAGCGGAAGUAGCAUCCUCGAUGGCCUGAGAGACCAGCGGAACUCCCUCAAGAACACUCAUAAGAAGAUGCUGGACGUGGCCAACAUGCUGGGUCUGUCGAACACGGUGAUGCGCCUGAUUGAGAAGAGAGCCUUCCAGGACAAGUUCAUCAUGAUGGGCGGCAUGCUGGUAACCUGCGUGGUCAUGUUCCUCGUGGUCAGAUAUAUCAACUGAGGGCUUCUGACCAGGCCAUUCAAAAACUUUUGUCGACACUGGUAGAGCAAUGCGGGACAAAUCCUUCAGUGAAGGUUUUGUUGCACUGUAACCUUAUUAAUUUUUUUCUUCCUUAAUUUUCUGGAGCCAUAAGAAAGGGUUGCCAGUUUGCCUGAAGAGUCAUAAUGGGGAAGAACCUCCAGAUAACCAGAGACAUUGCACCCAGAGCCCUCAUGAGGCACGCUGCAUAGAUAGAACCGCUGGAGACAUGCGAGUUGAUGGGGAUAAUAAGGAAACGAGGCCAAAACAGAAGAGCGUCUAUAAAACAACGUUUUGGCAUUUCCCUUCUGCUGUGAUUAGGCAGGCAAUUGGUGUGGUGGCAUUGUGACCCUGCCCACCCUGGCCUUCGGUGUGGUUUUCUCACAAUUGUACUGCCCUCAAAUUUCAUUUUAUUGUUCUCCCAAUAUCUUUUCCUAUCAGUUACAGUGUUCUACCAGUGAAUCUGUGUACAUUUUAUGCUCUUGACAAAAUCACGAACCCGAUGGCAGUCAAGUCAUGUGACAUUGUAAGAAUAUUUACGUCUGAGUUUUAAGAGCUCUAAAUUUAAGACUUUGGCAUAAUUUUUCGAUCGGCCCUGUGAGUAUUCAGAACUGUGACGAGCAUGCGGCUGGAGGGACAUAGUGGACAAAACCAUGUGUUUUCACAUUCUAAUAUUUAGUUACUAAAUAUUAUAACUAAAUAUUAGAAUGUGAAAAUACACGGUAUUUUGGGAUUGGGAUUGAAAUGAAGGCUCUUGUAAACACAGGGAAGCACUCUGACGACAAAUUGUCCCGCAUGCGAAAUAUAUCUUGGGUUUCGUCAGAAAAUGGUUUAAAAGGUGGUAAAUUGGCAGUGAACUUGAAGUAAAAUAUUUCAUUGCUGUGGCAGUUUAUCAACUGAUAGCAGUAGGACCGGUUAGGAAGUUAAACCAUGUUUGAGUCUACGUAGUAGCGCAGGUGGGUGUGUGAAUUGGCACAGCGCCACAGUGUGCGUUACAGCGGAUGGUGGAGUCUGGAGCUCGUACACCAUUUAAAAACCAGUGCUGCCAGCCUUCUGAAUACGCUCUAAUUUCCCUGAGGGCUCAUUAAAUAUAUUUCCAUGUACAGUACUGUAUUUAGUAAUGUUUCAUCCAUUGUUUAAUAAUUCUGACACAUUUACCGAUUUUGUCAAUCAGUGGUUUUUCAAAUGUGAUUUUGCAAAAAUUAUUAAACUAAUGUGGAUAUUACUAAUGUAAAUUUGAAAGUUUAAAAAAAUUAUGUCCAGCG